AUGCAAGUUCCAGUUCUUCCGACAACUGCUCAAAUCAUUCUCGUCGAGGACGAAGUCAAUAAGAAGAAAGCCAGUGAGUUUAGCGAGCUACUGGAUCGAGUGAAACAAGUUGCGCGUUUUCAGUGAAACGUCUGACUUGCCGAAAGUGCGAGGGUCACGGGAUGUACGCGAUUCUUAAGGGACACGCCGGAGUCUGUCCAUUCAAGGAUUGCUCCUGUGGAACUGUAAGUGAUAGGAAAGACCUAAAUUCUAGGGUUAGAGUACUUGGCGAGCUCUGACUCAAAACACUAAGCUAAUUUCUGAUUUUUGUUCGUGAUCUCCAUCUCUCGUGGGAUUUAGGCUAAGAUUCUGCUUCUUUGAUACUAGGAAUUUAAAUCUCACGAUGCUCAGACCUAUUUCUCAUCUUUCCAGUGCGCUUCUGUGAUGAGCAUGCGCGCAAACGCUCUGAUCCGUCGGUUCCGUCACCGUCAACCGGAUCAAUCGAUGGCCGUGGUGAAGGCUCUUCGCUCGAAGAACGGCAACAUGCGUCUGAGGAUCGUGGCGCGUAACGAGGAGACGCUCAUGGAGGCCGACGGAACUCUGGUGACGUACUCGAACGACAAGAACGGCCAUCAAACGUACACGACGUCCAAUCGUCGCAGCUCGGUCAUGACCGAUCAGAGCGCCGGCGACGAUCGAGACAGCAUCGUUUCCACUCCUCCGGGAACGACGAACAACUCGACGCCGUCUGGCUCUCCACCACUUCUCAUGCCGUUCGGCGAGAUGGACGGUACGAUGGAAAUGACUGUGAACUUCGACCCGCUGGCACUGGUUCGAGCAACGUGAGUUUGAGCGAUUACUUUCGCAGCUCAUUAUUCACUCUUUCAGUCUGCUCCAACAACUGCUCGCCAACCCGAGUGCUCUCUCGCCGGCCGCCGUGGCCUUCUUGCUCCAGACGUCUCUGACUCAACAGCCAAAGGAUCGCGAGACGAGUCUCUCGCUGCCGCCGCCCGUCCUGUUCCCUUCCUUGCUGGCGGUUCCUUCUCUCUGA